AUGUUGUCUACUUACCUCGUCCUCUGGACUUUGUGGAGGCAUUCUCUCCCUCCCUCUCUCUCUCUCUCUCUCUCUCUCUCUCGUAUCAUGAUUUCACCAGAAGGUAAAUCGCAGCGAGGACAGCAUAAAAAGGGAAAGUCUCUUUUCGUCUCCGAGUCUGUGUCUGCUUGUCUAGCUCUCUCUCUCUCUCUCGCCCUCCCUCCUCUCUCUCCCCUCCCUCCUCUCUCCCCCUCCCCUCCUCUCUCUCCCCUCCCUCCUCCUCUCUCCCCCCCCCCCUCCCUCCUCUCUCCCCCUCCCCCUCCUCCUCUCCCCCUCCUCCUCUCCCUCCCUCCUCUCUCUCCCCUCCUCCCCUCCCCCUCCCCCUCCCUCCCUCUCUCUCCCCCUCCCCCUCCUCUCUCUCCCCUCCCUCCCUCCUCUCUCUCUCCUCCUCUCUCUCCCUCCUAUAUAUAUAUAUAUAUAUAUAUAUAUAUAUAUAUAUAUCUCAACAUUUCUUCCUCUUUCCUCCUCCUCCUCCUCUCUCUUCCUUCUUGGAUUUUCAUCUUUCCCUCCCCCGCUUUCUUUUACCUCCGAAAUUUCAACCUCUCUCUCUUCUUGUUUCGAUCAUAUCUUUCACUAUCUCCCACCGCCACCACUUUUUCAUCUUUUCGUCUCUUUUCUUCGGUUUCUUCCAUCUCUCUUUCCCUCCCCCAUCCGUUUCCCUCCUUCCUCCUCCUCCCCUUCUUUUCUCCAGUUCCACCUGAUUUUUCCCUCCUCUUUUUCCCAUUGUUUUCUUUUCCCUCUAUUAUUUUCUUUGCCAUUUAUGGCCUUCUUACUUCGAACCAAAAUUACGCUCUCAUCAUGCACCCAGUGUUCUUUGUUUCUACUUCUUUCUUCAUCCAUGCAGUGACCAAUGAAAAACCCAAAUGCCAUUGUCCUGCAGUAAAUAAUUGUCCAUCAAUAUUUCUCUUUUAUUAUUUUAUUUUCACUAAUUUUUUUCCAUUCUUUCAUCUUCGUCUUUUUCUUUUUCAUUAUUUCGUCUUCGUCCUAUUUUUCUUUCAUUUUAGUAUUUUUUCAUUCUUUCUACUUCGUCGUCUUUUUUUCAUUCUUUCGUCGUCUUUUUUUCAUUCUUUCGUUCUCUUUAUUCAUUCUAUAAUUAUCUUUUUGUACUGUUUCAUCCAUUUUUUUUCUUCUUUUUCGUCCCUCGUCCUUUUUUUUUUUUUUUUCAUUCUUUCUUCUUCAACUUCAUCUUUUCAUUCUUUCGUCUUUUUUUCAUAUUUGUACGUUUUUUAUCUUUUUAGUUUCUUCUUAAUCCACAUUCUCCAUCAAUUUAUCUGUCCGCCCUCCUUUUUUUUUUCUAUCCGUCAAUCCCUCCACCCUCUCUUUCUCCAUCUGUUCAUCCCUCCGCUCUCUUUUUCUGCUUCUGUCAAUCCGCCCACGUUCACUUUCUCCAUCUGUCUAUUUGUUCAUCCUAACGCUUUACAUACACCCGACCUCCCACUCUCUAUCCGCCUGCCCACCCGCUCUCUCUCUCUCUCUCUCUCUCUCUCUGUCCAUCCCCCGCACUUUCAUUCUUCAUCCGUCCAUCCGAUUGCCCUAACUCUCUCCAUACGUCUGCCCUCUUUCUCCAUCUGUCCGUUUGCUCACCCUCUCUUACUCCAUCUGUCCGUUUGCUCACCCUCUCUUUCUCCAUCUGUCCGUCCGUUUGCCUACUCUCUCUCUUUCUCCAUCCGUCCGUUUGCCUACCCUCUCUUUCUCCAUCCGCCCGUUUGCUCACCCUCUCUUUCUCCAUCUGUCCGUUUGCUCACCCUCUCUUUCUCCAUCUGUCCGUUUGCUCACCCUCUCUUUCUCCAUCCGUCCGUUCGUCCACCCUCCAUUUCUCCAUCCAUCCGUUUGCUCACCCUCUCUUUCUCCAUCCGCCCGUUUGCUCACCCUCUCUUUCUCCAUCUGUCCGUUUGCUCACCCUCUCUUUCUCCAUCCGUCCGUUCGUCCACCCUCCAUUUCUCCAUCCGUCUACUCUUUAUCCGUCCGUCCACCCACUUUUUCUCUAUCCUCCAGUUUUCUCUUCCCUGUCCAAUUCUUUCUCCAACCUUCCGUCAACUUCUUUUUCUACAUCCAUCGAUCUAUGUACCCCUCCUCUCUUCUGUCUGUCCACUUUUCUUCAUCUGUCCGACCUUUCUUUCCUUCUCUAUCUAUUGGUCAUCCCUCACUUUCUCCAUCCGUCCUUCCAUUACUCUAUUCCUUUUCUCUUGA